UUAUAUCUGGUAAACAUGUUAUUUGUUUUAGCAGCUUUUACAAGCGAACUUCACGAGCCCAAGCCGUGCCUUGUUAGUAAGUGGAGCCAAUGGGAACGUUAUGAUGAAAUCUUCUUUGUUCGGAGAAGGAAGAUCCGAAGAAGACCAGAUGUAGGUGGAAAAGAAUGUCCUUUCUUCAUCCAAGCCAAGACAGUUUCAGAUCGUCAACUCUCGGCCCAGUUGCCAUUCGCUGAAGCCAGUCGUCGCUUUCUGAGCAACGUCAUCAGGGGUGGAUCCCUUGCUGGAGAUGAAGCAACAAAUUUGAAUAGCUUCUCUCGUUCCAGGGACCACAGUAACAACAGUUAUAUUGUGAAGCACAAAGUAUGGCCGGAACGCUUGCUGCUAACAGUCCUUGAUGACAGCCUUUGCGUGAUAAGCUCAACACUCGGCUUGAAGACCAAGUUCCUUGUUCUCAGUUUAUUGGAAUCCCUGUGUGGCAGUACCUUCGAUAAGAAUGCUCCGACUGUAGGUCUUCAGACGUAUUCUGUCAAAAGCCGGUUAGUCAUGCCACUGAAGAAGCCGGCAACGAAACACGAACUGCGACACGCUGUCUUGUCUUACUACACUCAUUCUGUAAAACUUCUGCAGCUCGAUCGUGCUUUGGACCGCACUGUGUCCAUCUUAAAUACAACCAUGAGAAAGAAGAAAUACUGGCGCAGUGCAGUGUUGUUAGUGUUAAGUUCUUGGAAUUACUGCGAUGAAAAUACUCUUGGAGAAGCGGUACUUAUCAAAGAGCAUUCUGACGUCUAUGUUCUUCUCAUCGGACCGGAACCGGAUUCUACCCAAAUAGUUUGCUUCUCGAGCCUGGCAUCGCAACCUAUUCAAGACCACUACAUCAGACUCCCGGAUUCGGAGACUCUAAAUAAGUUCAUUGCAAAAGUUCUUGUAGCCCAGUUCAAAAACACGUUCUGUUACAAUCAAUGAAGAUGGCGACAUCAUCUCCGGCCAUAACGCUUGAAAUCAUAACAUUAAACAGAGGUUUCUAAACAUUUUGUUAUUCUUCAGUAAAAAAAAAACUAAAGCUUCUAUAAACUGCCGAACUGAAAUAUAUCAAUGUACAGCUUAAUGUGUAUUUGAUGUUCUGCUCUUUUCUGUAGGUGUUAGACAUUUUAGCAAUGGUGGGCAGUUCAUGAACUUCCUAGAGAUUUUGCUAAAGACGAGACCAAUUUUCAUACAGUGUUUUAUCGACUUAUUUGAUUAUGAUCUCUGAUUAAGUCUACUUCCAGAUCACUAUCGAAGCCUUUCUUCCCAUAUUGGUUUUAUUUGCUCCUUUUACGAGAGUUUAUAUUAAUUAUUAUAUUUCUGCUUUUUGUGUGACAAACCAACGACCUUCUCAUUCAAGUCCCCGGCUUGACAAGAUUACAAGGUUCGAUUCUUGGUCGUUGCUAUUGUUUAUCUCUGGAGAUAACUUUGGAAAUGGAGGAAGGCAACAGCCUCAUAUCCUUCAAUGUUUGCUCUGUAAUAUGUGAAAAUUGAGUUUAUUCAACAAACUAUUGUACAGUUUUCUUCAGAUUGUAACAUAUUAGCUUCAGUAAAGUUUGAAAUCAAGACCAUA